CAGUUGAAGGUGCAGGUUGGUCGGUGGAAUCCGGUCUCUCGUACUAUGACACUGUAGCCUACCAGUUUUUGAAAAUCAACCUGAUGAAAGUAAUGGACGGGACUGGCAGUGACCCUCAAGCGGGCUACUACAUGGCGCUGUACGGGGUCGUGUCCUUCGUGCUGGUACUGCUGGGAGUCAUGCUCAUGUACGUCGCCUGCUCCAAGCGUUACCGCCUCAACUGGUUCGAGAAGAACUUGUUGGAGUCGGCCGAUGUGGAGUUUAACAGAAGUAGUCAAGAAGCGUUGGUCGCUGGGUCCGUUGAGGCCAUGGCGUCUCAGGAGAGCGGCAGCAGGAGAUCUCUGAAUCGUUCUCCCAGCCAGGACAAGUUCUGGGUACCUCCUAAUCUAAAGAGACAGUCCAGCGUGUGUCAAAGCGAGGCCUCGUCAAAUGAAGAUUCUCCGCCCGGAUCUCCAAGAUCGCCAACACCCUCUCAGUUCUCACAGGGCCAAGCGGAACCCUUAGUCCGCAACGAUAAACAGGUGGUACUAACUACUACGAGACCAAGAGUAUCCAGCAUGCACACGAAGCUGGACCACACCAAGAUAGACACCACACUCUAUCAGUCAGCACCAUCUCGGUCCUCCAGUGAGCCCGAGGAGCUGAGGGGCUCUGUCCACUUGACCUUGACCUAUGACCCCGCCGCUGGCAUCCUCACCGUCAGGCUCAACGAGGCUCAUGAUCUGCAAGCCCGAGACUUCAGUGGAACAGCGGACCCUUACGCCAAGAUUCGACUCUUGCCUGACCGAAGUAAUGUUUGGCAGACGCGGAUACACAAGCGAACUCUCAAUCCUGUGUUCGACGAGGACUUCGUGUUCGAAGUGAGGCCGGCCGCGCUGGGCAGACGCUCGCUAGAGAUAAUCCUGUACGACUUCGACGCCUACUCUCGCCACCACAGCAUAGGCGGUGUGAAACUUCCCUUGGCCAACAUUGACCUCUCGGACAAGGUGACGCUGUGGAAGGGUCUGGGACCGUGCUCGGAGCAAGACUCUAAGGCUGAACUGGGGGAGCUGAUGGUGUCUCUGGCAUACUUGUCUUCAGCGGAGAGACUCACAGUGGUUGUCAUUAAGGCUAGGAACCUGAGAGUGGUGGAUGAUACUCGCUCUUCCUCAGAUCCUUACGUGAAAGUGUCACUAAUACACAACGGGCGCCGACUGAAGAGAAAAAAGACCAGUGUGCACCGCAACACGGUCAGUCCGGUGUUUAACGAGGCGCUGACCUUCGACAUCGUGAAGGAAGCGCUGAGCAAGAGUCGUCUGGAGUUCUGCGUGAUGCACGACAGCCUCCUGGGUCCCAGCGAGUCCCUUGGGAGAGCCAUGGUCAGCGCGGACACGGAGAAACAGUUCUUCAGCCAGAUGUUGAACAGCAAAACGGCGACAGCGCAGUGGCUAGCUCUAUCUGACCCAGAGUGAACAAUGACAUCAUCGACUGAAGGUUCAGCACACUGUUAUUGUCCCAAACCAGUAUCAGGUUACACUUCUGUAACCCAUCAGUUUGGUUACAGAAGUGGAGGUAUGUACCAUGUAUUUGUCGACGAUUUGAAUCACUCCUCACAUGAGAUUUAAUGUGUAAAGGCAUGUUUUUGAGAGGUGUAAGGACUCAUUAGUGUUCUGAUAUCUAGGAAAUUAUUUACUCCUAAAAAAUGAAAAACUAUCAACAAUGACUCUUGAACAGUGCUUUGUUGCCCUUGUGAUCUAAAUCGAUCUGAAUUGUUCUGUAAACAAAUGGAUAAGUUGACACAGUUGACAGUGUUAACAGGAAAAUGUUGUAAUUGUUAAUCAAACAAAUAUUUUAACGUUUGAGAGAACUGUUGUAAAUUUAAAGAUCACAAUGGCAGUACAGUCUGUCCAACUAGACCGAAUGAACUGUAGGAUCAAUUGAAAUUGAAAAUAGUAUAUUAUAUAUUUUAUACAUAGUUUUAUACGAAAACAAGACAAACAAUGCGUUAUCCACAUUAGCCACUCACAGAUAUAUCAGAAUCAUCAUAUAUAGUUUGGUUAAUAUUCUCGUGAAAGUGUUUAAGCAUUUGUUGUAUUUUGUGGGAAUAUGAUUGUAAAAUAAGUGUACAGUAGGCUGCGUGUAGCUGUACGCGCAACCUUGGCCUGUGAGGGUGAACUAAGUGCGUUUCUAUAAACAUCGACUACUGUUACAUCGCCGCCGAGCCGCUUAUCUCGCUGCUAGUUAGCCAGCCAGACCUUGGUGACGCGGUCAGUUACACGCUGCCAACUCUACACUACUCUAAUAUUGUUUCUUGUUCUUUGUCAGUUAAUGUUGAUUACUAAAUUUUAAAAUGUUUCCUUAAAUGUGUAUUACUUGGCUUCUAAAAGUAAAAAGUGCUUCAUAUCACAAAAAAAUACAGCUAGAGACAUUGCAGUCACUUGUAAUGUAACAAAUAAUUUUACCGAAAUGUACACCAUAACUUAAAAUUAUAUUUAAUGACAUUAUUUGCGUAAGUUAAUGUUACCAAUGCAAUCAUAUAUUUAUUGAUGUCUCGAUCCUAAAAUCGCUGAAUUUCAAUAAUUUUUACAUUUAUCCUCAUUAAUUAUUUUGAGUGUGUGUACAUACAUUUUCAUAAAUUUGAGCUAAUUAGUAUUGUUUUGUAUUAUAACUAAGUUUGUGAGCAUAAAUAUGUAUAUAGCCAAUAUGCAUAAGAACCAAUGAUUUACAAGUAUUGUUUUUAUUACUGUAGAGAAAUCAGUUUUAUCAUUAGUGAUAUUACAUCCAACAUUAGUAUUUAUUUUAUGUAUCGUGUAAUAUAAAUAUAUUUAUUCUAUCAUCAUUUUAGUUCAUAUUUCAGAUGUCAUAACGCGAAAAGAAAAAUAUUGCCUUAACAUGAUCAAUUAUUUAUUUUAGUUUUAAUUGUGACCAAGAAAAUAUUCUCAGAUAUUAUAUAUAAACUCAGAAGUACUUUAUCUGUUGUCUGUUAAUGUUUCAAUAAAUAAAUGUCUAUUUAUUUUGAAGGAGA